AUGUCUUCCCUCACUGUGGAUCACUGGGAAUGGUCAGCUUGGAAGGUAAGAGAUCACGGCGCUUUGACCACAAGUCUCGUUUCUCAAGUUAAAAUAAUGCCCCCUUAUAAACAUGUUUCUCAAUAAAGGAAGACUAUAUGUCAAGGUUUUGACUGACAAGUUUGCGGCUUUAUCAAUGGUGUAACGUAAAGGAAUCCUGUAGUUGUCAUGGUGCCUGGAUUGUCCUGGCAGCUCCUCAUGCAGGAAGUCAAAACAUUUGCAAACAGUUUUAUUCCUUACCUGUAACUUGUCCUGCAAUGCUGGGUCAGUUCAUUGGUGAAGAGUCUCAAUGUAGGAUACACCGACACUCCAAGAUUAUAAAUAUUAAAACUUAGAAUGUAUAGGAUAUAUGAAAAGAAUGUUUUCAUUGGGUCCACAACACCUUAGCAAACAUUUCCUUCAACAAUAUCAGCGGGAAUCGGUGUAUUCAAGUUUGGGCUGUGAUACUUUUGAGGGAAGAGUUGCAUGGUGUUGUUGACCCAAUAGUAACAUUUAUUUAAUAAUAACAAUAAUUUAUAGGGUUUAAGUUUUGUAAUCUUGGAGUGUCCCUUUCCAGCUAGAGCACGUAAGCAACGUAUUGUCAUCAUUUCCUUAAUAAAAAAACAAAACAAAAAAAAAACAGAGGACAAAGUCCAGAGCUGAAAUGUUAUACUUGCAAAAGGUAUCAAUUAAACAAAGUGAAAGUACAGUUUAGACAUUGCUCUAUUAGAAAAUGGAUCGAGGACCAGGAGGAUUAAUGUUACUGCUUCUAUAUCUGCAAUCAGGUCUGUUCUAGCCAUGUCAUUAUAUAUUAAUAUCAAACAGUAGGGGACAUUAUUCUGCUUUAUAUAGUUACUGUUACUGUAUACUGUGCAUACGGUGUAUAAUAGAGAGAGGGUAAUGUACGGUUACAGUAACUAAUUACAGAGAGGGAGUGUGUUAUAUAGGGCAGGUUUCUGUAUACUGUACAUACAGUGUAUAAUAGAGAGAGAGUAAUGUACAGUUACAGGUAACUAAUUACAGAGAGGGAGUGUGUUAUAUAGGGCAGGUUACUGUAUACUGUACAUACAGUGUAUAAUAGAGAGAGAGUAAUGUACAGUUACAGGUAACUAAUUACAGAGAGGGAGUGUGUUAUAUAGGGCAGGUUACUGUAUACUGUACAUACAGUGUAUAAUAGAGAGAGGGUAAUGUACAGUUACAGGUAACUAAUUACAGAGAGAGAGUGUGUUAUAUAGGGCUGGUUACUGUAUACUGUACAUACAGUGUAUAAUAGAGAGAGGGUAAUGUACAGUUACAGGUAACUAAUUACAGAGAGGGAGUGUGUUAUAUAGGGCAGGUUUCUGUAUACUGUACAUACAGUGUAUAAUAGAGAGAGAGUAAUGUACAGUUACAGGUAACUAAUUACAGAGAGGGAGUGUGUUAUAUAGGGCAGGUUACUGUAUACUGUACAUACAGUGUAUAAUAGAGAGAGAGUAAUGUACAGUUACAGGUAACUAAUUACAGAGAGGGAGUGUGUUAUAUAGGGCAGGUUACUGUAUACUGUACAUACAGUGUAUAAUAGAGAGAGGGUAAUGUACAGUUACAGUACCUAAUUACAGAGAGGGAGUGUGUUAUAUAGGGCAGGUUACUGCAUACUGUGCAUACGGUGUAUAAUAGAGAGGGUAAUGUACAGUUACAGUAACUAAUUACAGAGAGGGCGUGUGUUAUAUAGGGCAGGUUACUGUAUACUGUACAUACAGUGUAUAAUAGAGAGGGUAAUGUACAGUUACAGUACCUAAUUACAGAGAGGGAGUGUGUUAUAUAGGGCAGGUUACUGUAUACUGUACAUACAGUGUAUAAUAGAGAGAGAGUAAUGUACAGUUACAGUAACUAAUUACAGAGAGGGAGUGUGUUAUAUAGGGCUGGUUACUGUAUACUGUACAUACAGUGUAUAAUAGAGAGAGAGGUAAUGUACAGUUACAGGUAACUAAUUACAGAGAGGGAGUGUGUUAUAUAGGGCAGGUUACUGUAUACUGUACAUACAGUGUAUAAUAGAGAGAGGGUAAUGUACAGUUACAGGUAACUAAUUACAGAGAGGGAGUUUGUUAUAUAGGGCAGGUUACUGUAUACUGUACAUACAGUGUAUAAUAGAGAGUGGGUAAUGUACGGUUACAGUAACUAAUUACAGAGAGGGAGUGUGUUAUAUAGGGCAGGUUACUGUAUACUGUACAUACAGUGUAUAAUAGAGAGAGAGUAAUGUACAGUUACAGGUAACUAAUUACAGAGAGGGAGUGUGUUAUAUAGGGCAGGUUACUGUAUACUGUACAUACAGUGUAUAAUAGAGAGAGGGUAAUGUACGGUUACAGUACCUAAUUACAGAGAGGGAGUGUGUUAUAUAGGGCAGGUUACUGUAUACUGUACAUACAGUGUAUAAUAGAGAGAGGGUAAUGUACGGUUACAGUAACUAAUUACAGAGAGGGAGUGUGUUAUAUAGGGCAGGUUACUGUAUACUGUACAUACAGUGUAUAAUAGAGAGAGGGUAAUGUACAGUUACAGUAACUAAUUACAGAGAGGGAGUGUGUUAUAUAGGGCAGGUUACUGUACAUACAGUGUAUAAUAGAGAGAGGGUAAUGUACAGUUACAGUAACUAAUUACAGAGAGGGAGUGUGUUAUAUAGGGCAGGUUACUGGAUACUGUACAUACAGUGUAUAAUAGAGAGAGAGGGUAAUGUACAGUUACAGUAACUAAUUACAGAGAGGGAGUGUGUUAUAUAGGGCAGGUUACUGUACAUACAGUGUAUAAUAGAGAGCGGGAGGUAAUGAUACACAUGGUGGGGCUGGGAGGAGGAGGGAUUGAGACAAAUGGAGGGGCUGGGCGGAGGGAAAUGAAACACAUGGAGGGGCAGGGCGGAAGGGAAUUUGACACAUGGUGGGGCUGGGAGAGGAAGGAAUUAUAUACAUGGAGUGGCUGGGGGGGGGUGAAGGAGGGAAUGAUACAAAUGGUGGGGCUGUGGGGAGGAGGGAAUGAGACACAAAGGGGCAGGGGGGAAGGAAAUGAGACACAUAGUGGGGUGAGAAACGAGACGCAUGGAGGGGCUGGGGAAAGGGAAUGGUACACAAAGAAGGACUGGGAGGGUGGAUGGAAUAGGUAGCGGACUGCAGUCUGACAGGAAGUGCACACAGAGAGCCCUUCCUGACAGAUGGGUACUGUGGCGGUGAGCAGGUACAGGAGGGGCAGAGGGAAUAGGGCACAUGGAGGGGCUGGAGGGAGGAGAAAAUUAUACACAUGGAGUGUCUGGUGGUGUAAGGCCCUGGGACAGCACUAUCCCUUUAAAUGUGGGAGCCAAUUUAGAAAAUAAUAAAGGCAAGGACACAAUGAAUAGAAUAAAUCAAGAAAUAUAUAUUAAAGGGAACCAAAGGACAAACGAUAACAAAACAAUAUGUAAUAAAUAUAUACAAAGCCACAGAAUAAUAUUUACAAUAAAAUCAGGAUAACCACAAAUUGGGCAGGAAGGGUAUACUUAAUAACAGUCCUUUGGUAUAAAGAAUGUAUUUGGACAGGAUUGUGCGGCCACCACAGAAAUAGGUGGGACACAGAUCCAGAGCCACAAAACAAAUAUAUGGCACCAGGAAGCAAAGCCCGAAGCAGGACAAACGAACAAGGCUGCAGGGUCAGGAUCACUGGUAAUAAGGCAGAGACAGGAACACUGAAUCAGAACACAGGAUCGGGAGGCACAGGAACGCAGGACCAGGCGGACACCGGAACACAGGACCAGGAAACACAGGAUACUGGAUCAAGGAGCGAAGAGUCAGAAUCUCAGGAAACAAGAACCACGGAACAAGAAACAGGAGACAAGAGACAAUGAUCUGACCAGGAGUGAGGGGAGAAACCAGACUAUAUAGGUGCUAAACAAGGACCAGGUGAAGUGCUUAACGAAAAGAAAUCAGGAACAGUGCCAAACAGAAACAGUGGUGUGAAUGGGUACUGCACAAGGGCAUGUUAACUAAGGAGUGUGUCGUGACAGGUGGUAGGGAAUGAGACACAUGGAAAUCUUGGGAUAAAAAAAAAAAAUGAUAGACAAGGUGUGGCUGGGGGGGUUGGAAUAAGACAGAUGAAGGGUCUGGGGGAAGGAAUAAUACACAUGGAGGGACUGGGGGAGGGAAUGAGACACAUGGAGGGGCUGGGAGGAAGGAGACAGAUAGAGGGGUUGGUAUGGAGGAAGGGACACCUGGAAGGGUGGGUUGGAGGGAUGAGACAAAUAGGGAGGCCCAGGGCAAUUUUCACACUGGAUCCCAGUGUUUUCUAGUUAUGCCUCUGCCUGCAGAGACAUACUAUAGACAUCAGAACACUAUAGUCAUCAGAACAAGUUGCAGUUGUUCUGGUGACAAUAGUGUCCCUUUAAUUAUUUCACUGCUGCUAUCAUGCAAACAGUGGGGUUUUUAAUAUACACAUCCGAAUUUUAUUUGGCCAUGUCCAGAUAGGAUAAAAUCUGGGUAAAAUUCUGACUUACUCAGAUCCAGUAUUACAAAAUGUAGACAGUUUUAAAUAUUCAGAUUUUGCUGUCAAAUGUCCCCGAACAGACCUGAAUUAUUUUUCCACAGACAGACGGUACUUGGACUUUAGUAAAUACACCCAGGGUUAUUAAUUAAAGGAACAUUAUAGGGCUAAUGCGCAUUCAUUUCAAAACGCUGUUCUGGUCAAUCAGCAUCUCCUUAUAGAGAUACAGUGAAUCAAUGCAUCUCUAUAAGGAAAGUACUGUAUCACCAUGCAGAGCGUGGAGACGCGUAACGUCCCAGGAAGGAUCUCUAACAGCCAUCUAAGGAGUGGCCAGUGAAGUUAUCACUAGGCUGUAAUGUAAACACUGCAUUUUCUCUGAAAAGACAGUGUUUACUGCAAAAAGCCUGAAGGUAAUGAUUCUACUCACCAGAACAAAUUCAAUAAGCUGUGACUGUUCCUUUUAAUCCCUUAAGGACCAAACUUCUGGAAUAAAAGGGAAUCAUGACAUGUCACACAUGCCAUGUGUCCUUAAGGGGUUAAAGUAUGAAUUGUUGCAUUUCAAAUUUUAGGCCAAGCUAACCACAAUCAAAACGAUCUCUCAGGUAGCUUAUAUUUUCAGUUUGGCUAUUUUGUCCUAAGAUUUAACUUUGACUUUGUAUUCCCAUUAAUUUACACAUUAGCAAAUAACCCUUUAGUUUUCUCUAGACUAGGUACAUAUUUUCUUAUCACCCAAUUUCCUUGCAUUUAAAUUGUUGUGGUAUAAUGCUAGAUUUACAAAAAUUGCAAUUAUUUCCCAGUAAUCAGCGAUGAAUAUUGUGCAAAGCAAACAAAUUGUCAUCAUGAAUUGUACUUUUUUUAAUUCACAGUUUCUUUCUGCAGGUGGCGCUCUGGAGCUGAAUGUUCCUCCCACUCAUCAAGUUAGAAAGGGUUCAGAGACAAUAAUCCCCUGCACAGUCACUGUGUAUAAGCCUCCUGUGGAUCCCAGCCUCCUUUUAAUAUUCUGGAUUUUUCAGGGAGAGGAAAUCCUGAGCUACGAUGAUACAGUGACAACAAGUGAUGACAGAGUUUCCAUAAACACAACCAGAGUUAUAGAUGGGGAUGCGUCUCUGUCUAUAUCCAAUGUUACAGUAACCGAUAGCGGAGUCUAUACAUGUGUAAUACUGUACAGUCUGGAGAUAAUGGAGAAGUCAGUCAGCUUGUCUGUAUAUGGUAAGAAUGUGCAUAUCUGAUCUACAAAACAUAGAAUACUGCACACAAGGAAAUAAUGCUCACUGAUUUGCUGCAUUAGUGUCAGAGUCUGUACUGAAGCUAAAAGAUCUAUAGCUUAAUUAAGUAAUUUUGGUGUAUAGAUCAUGCCCCUGCAGUCUCAACACUCAAUUCUCUGCAAUUUAGGAGUUAAAUCACUUUGUUUAUGUAGCCCUAGCCACACCUCCCUUGGCUGUCACUUACACAGCCUCCAUAAACAUUUCUUGGAAGAGAGAUCUAAUGUUUAAACUUCCUUUCUUGCACAGUGUGCUUAAUUUAGAAUGUCUUAUCUCCUGCUCUGUUAAUAGCCUGCAGGAGCCUCCUUUGUGAUUACAGGUAAAUUAGUCACAGCCAGGGGAGGUGUGACUAAGGUUGCAUAAACAUAAACAAAAGUGAUUUAACUCCUAAAUGGCUGAUGAUUGUGCAGUGAGACUGUAGAGGCAUAAUUCAUAAUCCAAAAUGGCUUUAUUAAACUAAGGUUGUUUUGGAGCCUUUGGUAUCCCUUUAACACCUUAAGUGGGAUUAAAAGCUAUUACGCCAUCAUAGAACGAUGUAACAGUGUACAGCCCCUGUGUCUCUGAGUACUUACCUACCACAUCGAUUCACUUAGGUGGGAACGCCUGACACCCAGGCAGUCCCCCUGCAGCAAAUCCAGCCCUUCUGGGCCAUGUGAUAGCUUGACAUAGCAAUCACAUGGUUGCAAUAGCAAUCUGCUGAACUGCUACAAGGACAUUGCCUGGAUUGUCAGUCAGUUUCCCAAAUACUGAAAUCAAGUUUUUAAAAGCAUUGUACAUAUGCCUAAUAUAUUUUUAUAUAACUAAUAUCAAAAUACACUUUGAAUGAAAAAAAAUAUAUAUAUAUUUGUGGUCUGAGCAAUAUUGCCGUAAUGGUUAGAUAACAUAUAAAGAGUAACAUAUGAAUAGUAAUGAUAACAUAGUUUAAAAACACCAGUCGGUUGUGGUUGUGGUCUGCCGGAACCAACAAUGCAGUAGGCCUGUAAAAAAGAGGGCAAAAUGAAGUAUACCAUACAAGAUUUUAUUUGUGCUACAAUACAUCAAUUAUUUAGACAAGUCUUGAAAGGUUUGACAAAUCUCUUUAACUGGUUUCGGGAUAUAUAGAGUGUAUGUGAAUGAUUUCCAGCGUCCCAUGGCUUUAAUAUGUGCUGGAGUGGUUUUGGAGGCUGCCCCUAUACGAAAAGAGUGGCCUGAAUAGUGAUUUAAAUUAAGGCCAAGCCUGGUUAGUAGCAUGCGAACGUACAGCAUGAAUUUAGACGUAGUGAGUGUGGAACCGUUUAGCUCAAGAAGUGGUUGGUAAAGAGCGAAGCCAGGUUAAUAUCCCUGCCUUCAGAAUGUUCUAAGAUGAGCUGGAACCUUAUGUGAUGGGUUUAUGGUCUCAGGGGCCCUUAGCGGAGUGAUAGAAUUACCCGGGUAAGUCGGUGCAGAUGCUGCUGGUAGAGCAACUGUGGGUCUAGUAGGCAAAGUGGGAGUGCUGGCAGUUUCCAUCUGCUCCAACCUAUCAUUUAGUCCAAUGGAUGAUAGUAAAGUGGACGACCUGGCCUGGACAUCAGGCAGCUGGGAUGCACUGGGCCCCUCCCCAGCAUCAGAGUUGUCCAUGUUAACGUUGAGAUGCAUGAACAACUCUGCUUUUCUGGCAGUAGCCGGGAAUGGAAUAUUCCAUUGGAACUUCUGUGAAGUACCAGACCUAGCCGGGGUGCUGGGAAGGGACAGUUCUUCCGGGACAUCCGAAGCCUGGGACAUACUGAAAUACAAAAGCACCAUUUAGUGUGAAACCCAAAUGGUACUGGCAGACUAGCUUGUGGCAAACCUAGCCACUUCAGACUAUUUUGUUUAUCUUUGAGGGUUGCUCUAGAAAGACUGGUUUAUAUAUGAUGUUUGAUGUGUUUGCUUAAAAUGUGAAAGAGGGAAUUCGUAUGCUAGUGGCACGAAAGCCUCUAGCAUUCAUAUGGUAGUUUCACGAACAGUGAUUUUUAACACUGUUCGUGAAACAAACAAAGUACCGAAUGGGAGCCCACACACAGGGGGUCGUGUGGCUCCCAUUAACCGAUUGCAACAAUGUAUCCAUUGGCUGCUAAUUGAUUCACAGAGUGGCCGUCGUUCGGCUACCGACCAUGAGGCGGCGGCCAUCUUGGAUUCCCGUUUUGCCCAGUGGUGUUUGGUCGUUGAGUGCCUGGAACUAAAAUCUGCUACUCGACGGCACGAACACCGCUGGACUUCCAGGCCGUUCAGGAGUGCCGGUCUUUCGGUACUUUUCCCCCACUUGUGUAUUUGUGACUUUUAUGAGGAAUGUAUAUUGAAGUGUAUUUUGUGCGGCGUUCGGCUGGUUUUGUUGGGAUCUGAGAGGUACUUUCACGAAGUAUGUGCUCAGACCCCAGCUAUCUGCCGAUUGGUCACUCGGUACAAUGGCACGAUUAAUAAUACGUAAGUUACGGAUUUUUAUGUGAAAAGCCGGUUCUGCUGUACGGAGGGAUAAUCUAGUUAACAGGAUAUUCUAGUGGGAGUAUCCCUCUCUUACAGCAGUGCAUGGUGGGAGAAAUGUUCUGUAUGUUAAGUCCCCCAUGUAGUCCCCUACUGUACAACCCCUGUAAAGUCAGUUAGGAAACCCCUUGCAUGGGGAACCACACCUCAUUUCUGCAUCCUCCCAGUCCUCCCCAUGAUGCUUUCUCUGUUAGCUUGGAGGAACUGACCUGUCCUCACUGCCUCCCAGCACCAUUGGACAAGGACAAGGUCACACUGUCAAAGGGCCACUGAUCUGAGAUGCCCAUCGGGUGUCAUUAAGUGUAAGGGACACCAAUAGGGCCCUCCCAGCUUGCAUACCUACACCCAAGUAUAGUAGAUGAGGGGUUAAAAAUUUAAGUAUAUGGCUAUCAUGCUUUGCACUGCUCUCUGCCCCGUUUCCUAAGCUGUCGGAUAAAAACACAUUUUUAAAAAUUUGAAACAGGGGUAGAAGGCACCCUUUUCCCUUCACACAUUGAGUAGGUGAGGGUUUCAAUUGAAAGGAACAGGAGGGCAGCAACAUUGCCCUCCUGCUCUGUACCCCAGCCCCUGGGCCAUGGGACAAGGGCAUAAUAAGAUUAGCAGGUGGACCUAAUCAAUGUCCCCCUUCAUGAACCUCAUCAUUAGGUUAGUGAUGGUUGGCUUCAUGCUCUGAUCUAGAGGACAUGUAAUUGUGUUUUUUAAGGGAGAUAAUAAGUCAUAUUAUCUGUAACAGUGGAAGGAAUUUAACAUUACAGAAACCAGUCAAUCAAUGUUCUGAGAUAGAGGUUAUUGUUUAUUGAACUUUAUUGUCUUAUUUUAAUCAAUUUCAGCUCCUCCAAAUAUCACUAUCACAGAGAGAAUUGCUUUUAUAAAUAAAGAAAGUGUUCUAAGAAGUUCUAUCAUCGGAUUUUAUCCUAUGGACAUCGAUGUUAAAUGGUUCAGGGACGGGAAGACUGUAAAUAAUUAUUCAGUAUCCACACCUCAGAGAAACCAUGAUGGUACAUACAGUGUGUACAGCACACUAAUCAUAAUACCGACCAAGAAGGACAGAAACAACAUCUUCUCCUGUAAGAUCCAACAUGCAUCACUACCUAGACCUCGCCAAAAAGACUUCCAGCUUGACUAUAUAGGUAAAGCAAACCAUUCUUUUUUAUAUACUUCAAAUAUAUGAAAUUCAUUGAUAAACGUUGUUUUGCAUUUUUUGUAUUGUAGAAAAGUUUAGAAUUUGGAGAAAUUACAACCUUUGCUUCAUUUAUCACAAUCUUUCUGAGGUGGUUGAAUUUCCAUUAAGAUUUUUGCACAACCUGGGUCACUCAUUUGAAUGUUGUGUCAGUGAAUGUGAUUGUACUUCCACCUGUGCCCUGACAUGCCCCCUCCCCAUUUAUGUCUCUUUCUGCUACUUUUAUAUUUCUGUCCCCCAUCUAUGACUCCCCCAAUUCUAUCUUCUUGUAUCUGCACCUCCAUGUCUCUCCUCAUCUACGUACGCCUUGUCUUGUUUACCCUUUUUUUAUACCUUUUUGUGUGGCAACUGGGCCAGUAUUGCAAAAUAUGAACAUUGUUAGAUAGAGUAACCCUGGGUGACAUGUGCCAAUCAAGAUCAAUGGUGCAUGGAAUUUAGUGAAUAAACCAGAGGGCUAUUUACUAAAGUGUGAAUUAUUGGUAAAAUAGCAAAACUGAAAACAAUUCUCCAAGUUGGUUAUGUUUUCAGUUUGACUAGUUUGGUCGAUAACUAGAACUUUGACUUCCAAACAAUUCAAAAAAUACUUUAAAAUUCUUAACCUUCACACAUUAGUGAAGAACCCUGUAUAUUUUUCUACACUGCGAAUAUAUCUUGGGAUACAGAUUCUAAUAUUACCCAUCUAACUAGAAUUCCAAGCCUUGUGAUAUAAUGCAAAAUGUAGUAAAAGUCAAAAUAUGUCCUAAUAAUCAGCGUUGACUAAUGUGCAAAGCAAACAACAAAAUAUUAGCCACAAGCGAACAUGGAAACAAUAAUAAAUUAUAAAAAAUACACAAAUGACAAGGAUAAAAGAAAAUAGAGUGACACCAUUAAAUGUCUUCUGGAAUUUAGAACACAUACAUUCACAGGAUAAUCUUUAUAUACAAGUCUAUGCAAAAUCAAACAUACAAAAAAGGAGAUAAAAAUAACCAUGUAGUAUAAAAGUUUAAAACACACUUUAUUCACUCAAAUAAUAAAAUCAUCAAACAGGCAAUGCAUUAAUGCAAAGCUCAUGUAGGAGCCCCAAUUGACAACAACGAUGUUGAAGGUCCUCCACCAGAUAAACCCGCACUACACAUUUUGUCUUGAAGACUUCUUCAGGGUACAGGAAACUGUAAAUAUCCUUCGUGUUACAAACACCAAAAAAUAUUUUUAAAUUCACGGUUUCUUUCUGCAGUUGGUUCUCUGGAGCUGAUUGUUCCUCCUACUCAUCAAGCCAGAAUGAGAUCAGUGACAAGAAUUCCCUGCAAGUUCUCUGUGGAUACACCUACUGCGGAUCCCAGAUACCUCAAAAUAUUCUGGAAUUUCCAGGGAGAGCAAAUCCUGAGUUACGAUGGUACACUGACGAAAACAGAUGACAGGUUUUCCAUAGACACAACAAAGGUAGUGGAUGGAGAUGUGUCUCUGCAGAUCUUCAACGUUUCUUUGAACGAUUCUGGAGUCUACACGUGUUUAGUACUUUACAAUCGGAAGAUGAAGGAAAAGGAGACCAGCUUGUUUGUUUACGGUGAGAAAGGACAUAUCUGAUAUAUUAGUCACUGGUCAUCAUUACCUGCAACUUUUAGUAUUCAAAAUUAAUUAUGUUUUACGAGGUUAUUUACUAAAGUAAGAAUUCUAAAGUGAAUGCAAACUGAAUUCAAAGCGAAUUUCAAAUGUAAAGGACUAUUAUCAGAAUCAAAACAUCUUUAGCUUAAUUAAGUAUUUUAGAAACCUAGUUACACCCCUGAUAUGACACUUACUCUUUAUUAAACUUUAUGUUAGCAGCAAUACCAAAAAAUAUAAAUUGUGGGCAGCUCACCAUGUUUUUCACCGAUCCUCAUCCCCAGGCCUGGGGGACAGGGGAUGAACAUUAAAAAAUAAAGAAGGACCGCACUCAUGUAUGGCAGUUAAGGGUUAAAAAUUAAAGUGUAUGGCAAUCAUGCUGCUCACUGCUCUCUGAGAUCACAAUACAUUUUUUAAUUUAAGACAUAGGUAGAAGGCACCCUUUGCUCUUCACACAUUAUGUAGGUGAGGGAUAAAACUGAAAAGAACAAGAGGGCAAAGGCAUUGCCCACUUGCCCUGUACCUUAUCCCCUUGGCCAUGUGAUAGGGGAAGAAUAAGAGCAGGUGCUAGACUAGUAUGUGCCCUAGGAAAGAGCCCCCCAACUGAAAAAAAAUAUUGCCAACAUUGUGUGUCUUUUCCUCCUCAGCACAUCUGUGGGGGUUUUUUUCUUCACCCCUCCCCUCUUCUCUCCCAGCCCCUCUGUGUGUCUCUUUCCCCCUCAGCCCUUUUUUGCAUCUUUUCCACAGCCCCUUUUUGUUUAACUCCCUGCCCCUUUUUGUGUCUCUCCCCUCAUCCCCUUUGCAUAUCUUUUUUUCCACUUCCCCGGCCACUCUGAGUGUAUCACAGUGUGUAUCACUGUCCCCUUCCCUAGCCUCUCUGUGUGUCUGUGUCCACUUCCCCAACCCCUCUGUUUGCCUCUUUGUCCCUCCUCAGCCCCUCUACUACGUGCCCCUUGUCCCACCAGCCCAUCUGUGUGUCUCUUUGCCCCCCUCAGCCCUUCUGUGUGUCUCUUUGUCCAUCAUCAGCCCUCAGUAUGCCUUUUUGUCUGUCCGUCCGCCACCCCCAUCCUUUUGUGGUCUCUCUCCCCUCUGCGCCACCUGUGCACCGUAGUUUAAUAGCAGGACCUAGUCAAUUUUCCCCUUUAUGACCCUCACUAUUUAGGUUAGUGAUAGUUGUCUGUUUGUCCUUAUCCAGUGGACAUGUAAUUGUUUGUUUAAAGAAAUAAUUUCUAUUACCUGUGACAUUCGAAGGAAUAUAUCAGUACAGAAACCAUUCACUCAGUGCUCUGAGAUAGAGGUUAUUGUUUAUUGUCUUAUUUUAAUCAAUUUCAGCUCCUCCGAAGAUCACUAUCACAGGGAGAAUUGCUGUUGUGAAUAAGGAGAGUAUUCUUUGCAGCUUGAUUACCGGAUACUACCCGGUGGACAUCGAGAUUAAAUGGUUCAGGGACGGGGAGAUACUAAAUUAUUAUAGAUUAUUCAAACCUCAGAGGAACACAGAUGGCACAUACAGUGUGUACAGCACAGUAACCAUAAAACCCACAGAGCAGGUCAGAAACGAGGUCUUCUCCUGUAAGAUCCAACAUGCAUCACUAUCUAGACCUCGCCAAAAAGACUUCGAGCUGGAAUACAUAGGUAAAGCUGACCAUUCUAUUUUAUAUACUCCAAAUGUAUAAAAAAAUCAUUGAUAAUCAUUGUAGCAUUUUGGAUUUGUUAUUAAAAAGAUUUGACUCCAUUGCUGGUAUGAAUUGGUAUAACUAUAAAAAAUAUUGUAAUCUCUGCCUUACGCAUACCCUAGUAGGGGCUGGACUGUGGGUGGCCAGGAACCCUUAUUUAGUUUUAAACUGCUUGACAAUAGUUUAACACGGAUUUAACAUCACCACAGCUUAGUGCAUGAUCCUCUAUUUUGGAUUUUCUUUUUCCUGUAUUGCACUAAAUAUCAUGAUUGAUCAUAUAUUCAAUAUACCCGCGGGUCCAUGGUUCUAAUGGCCUUAGAAUAAUGAUGGAAAACAGCUCCAGACAGUGAAAGCAGGACAGUGAUCCAUGACUUGGUUACAGCUACACUUUCAAUCUCCCAAGUAAAUUCUAAUGUUUUCACAGAGGGUGGUGGACAGUGGAAGUACUACUAGGCCACAAUUUACAUCAUGUGCCUUAUUAUGCCUUGAAGUAGCGUACUGGUCACACUAUUUUUUUUUUUAAAUUCUAUAUACAAAUGAAAACAAACGAGUGCAUUUCAUAUCUACCCAUAGAUGACAAGGAUGAAGAGUCAGACUAUACCAUACGUUGGGGUGUGGCUGUCACUGUCUGUACAAUGUUGCUGAAAUUUGUAUACGAAAAAUGCCAGAAGUCUUUCAUGAAGUCUAAUCACAGUAGUAAGUACAUUUCUCUAUGAAAGCUAAAUUCUAUACAAUAUUUUCUACACUUCCUGAUUUAAAAAAAAUAAAAUUAUAUUAAAAGUCACAUAAUCCUGUUAGCAGUUAGAAACAGCAUGCAGCAUCUGGAAUCAAUACAAUAGAUAUUGUCUUUUAAGAGUAUACUGGUGUGUCUGUGUAAUAUAUCUUGUCAAACUGAUAAUAAAAGUCUUUAUUAUUUCCUUAGCUUCAAGUAAGGAUAAAGAAAUAGCACUACUAUAAAAUAAAUUAAGAGACUUGAAAUGUAGCAGUGGAGUGGUCGAGAUGAGCAGAUGAAAUGUGCCGAGGGAUUUAGAUAAGUUGGGGGACUGGGCACUCAAAUGGCAGAUGAAAUUUAACGUAGAAAAAUGCAUAGUUAUGCACUUUCGGGUAAAGAAUGCACAAACAAUUUAUACUCUAAAUGGUAGUCAAUUAAAUAUAAAAACACACGAGAAAGAUUUGGGAAUUGUUAUAGACCAUAAACUAGGCAACAAUAUGCAAUGUCAAUAGGCAGUUGCAAAGGCCUGUAAGGUGUUGUCAUGUAUAAAUAGGGCCAUUAAUUAUCAGGAUGAAAAUGUAAUCUUGCCUGUUAUAAAUCUUUGGUAAGACCACACCUUGAAUAUGCUAUCCUAAAGAAAGAUAUUAUGGCACUAGAAAAGUUUAUAAAAUUGAUAAAAAGGAAUGGAGAAUUUCAGUUAACAAGUUUAAGUCUCUUUACAUUGAAAAACAAUACCUCAGAGGGGAUAGGACAGCAUUAUACAAAUAUGUGGGACCAUUACAAAGCAUUGUCUGGAAAUCAAUUCAUACACAGGACAGGACACGAGGUUAUGCAUUUAAACUGGAAGAUAGGAGAUUUAGUCGAAUGUAAAGGAAAUGGAUUUUUACAAUAAGAACAAUAAGGAUAUGGAAUUCUCUGCCUGAAGAGGUGGUUUUAUCAGAGUCUGUACAGAUGUUUAAACAGCAAUUGGAUAAAUACUUGCAAAAACAUAACAAACAGGGAUAUCAUUUCUAAUUAGUGGGGUAAUAGCUGUUUGAUCCAAGGAGACAUCUGACUGCUAUUUUGGGGUCAAGAAGUAAUUUUUUUUCCCUAGUUUGUUGCAAAAUUGGAAGCACUUAAGCCAGGCUGUUUUUUUUGCCUUCUUUUGGAUCAACAGCAAAAACAAAUGUGAGAAAGGCUGGACUUGAUGGAAGCAUGUCCUUUACAGCUAUGUAACUAGGUAAGUCAUAUAUCAAAGGAUCAGUCCAGUUCAGGUCGAGAUAAAAUCUGGUCUGCUUCACGUAGGAUUUUUUAAAUAUUUGUUUCUUUAUAUAUAUAUAUAUAUAUAUAUAUAUAUAUAUAAAUAUAGUGCAUUUUUCAUAAUUUCAUUUUGCAUUUUUAUAUGCCUUUUCCUAUAUUUAUUGUUUUGUACUGGCAAGCAGAUGAGCAUUGGACUAAUAAAGUUACAUUGCUCGUUAAUGCAUGCCCAACAUGCCAUGGCAUCAUUGCAUAUGGCCCGCAGAGGAUGCUCGAACAUGCAUGUGCCGCCUUGCAGAUUUGAGUAUUUAAAGCCAGGACCGGUGCAAGGAAACCAUAGUUCUUGAGGAAGUUUUGAACACUAAUGGAUGAAAGACUUCAAGCCAGGCAAGCCAGCCACAGUAGCCACCAGUUACUCUUCUUGAUGCCUGUAGGUGACAUCCAGCAAUGAGGAGGCCUCUUGGAGAUCAAAAGUACUGAAUGAUUACUGUGAGCUACUUACAUCUUUGGCCCUAUUUCUUUAUAAGAUUAGUGCCACAUAUUUUGUGAAUGUUUUUAUGCUGGGUGUUUUUAUUUUUAUACAAAAGUGUAUGUAUUAUAUAUAAGGUAAUACAUUUUUUGUGCCAUGAUCCUUUGCUUUUUGUCCCAUGUUAUACGUUAGUUCUAUACAACUGCAAGAGUGGUAAUUGUAUUGUAUUUAUUAUUAUAUAAUCUCUCUUCUGAUUGUAAUUUUGUAGUGCCAUUUGGCACCUUCUCGUGUUAUUUAGUCAUAUUGACGUUUUCUAAGCUUAUUGGGAGUGGACCUAGAGAGACAGCAUUGUCCAUCUACAAUCACUUGUGUCAUAUUUUUUUUUUCAAAUCAUUUUUUGUGGUUUAGCCAGUUAUGAUCAGGGCCGGAUUAACAUGGGGGUUAAUAGAGCUGAUGCCCCACGUCCAUGCUCCUGGAAUGGGGCCAUUGGUUUAAAUAAAAUAUGUGUAUAUUUUACUUCUCUUCACAUGCUCUUGCUUUACACAGAGGUAAUUAUGGAUGGGAACCUAGAAGGGAUGCAGGGGAACAAAACUUGUGUGGUCUGGUCGACUAUAAAAAAGUUAACAAAAAGCUGACUUUGCACACAGUAUAAAUGAUUUGCUGCUCUGGUCUCUCUAAAGAGUGGCAUAUUCCCUUUCAGCUACAUCCACCCUUUUCCCUGUCCCAGACUGUUUUCCAGGUGCUACUGCUUGCUUGUAAGAAUGGAAGGAGAGGAGUGGGCAAGUGAGUGCUGUCCCCAGGAAGCAGAGAGCAAGCGUUUCACUAGAUGCUUUGCGUCAAGCUCAGCGCUAUUUGCACAGUCCCGCCCGUAGUUGGCCGACUUGCAUAAUUGGCAGGCAGUCUGGCAUACAUUAACACCAGACUAACUAUCCAAUUCUUUAGGCAGACCUGCCCCUUUCCAGGCGGGUCUGCAGCUUUGGGCGGUGCAAGUGAUGUCAUUCGAGUCACUGGCUUACCUCCUUUUACCAAGCCUACCGACAUCCGGCUUCAUCAGAGGCCAAAGUUGGAGGUAUGGAUUAGGCUGAGAGAUGACAACCAGAGAUUAGCAUAGGGUAUGUGUUUUCUUAUAAAUGCAUCCUGUAAUUUUCCUUCCAGCACCACCUCCACCAGAUACAGAUACUUGGUGUUUUCUGUCAAUAAGAUCCUGUAGUUAGGCCCAUCAUUAUUUUCAGCACCUGGGGCCAACAGGCUCUUAAUUCGUCCCUGGUUACUCUGAGUGGGAGCCAGAGCAAACCUGGCACCUUAACCACCAUAAUGGUCUUUUUAAAGCCUUGUUCUUUUUAAUUCAGACUAAUUAUAGCCCGAAACAUGUGACUCUAAGUAAAACCAAAAUAAUCUUUAUAUUUAUCUAACCCCUGGGAGAAGCAACAAAUUAAUUAAAAUUAUAACAACUAUUGUGACGAGACCAAUCUCGCCACUGUGCAUUGGAGGAGCCUGGUUGCCCGCCUGCUGCCUUUAGACUAUGGCCCCAUGUUGAAAAGCUUGAUUUUCCCCUGCAAAGACAUGAAAGCCGGGUCAUUCGGUGCUUGCCCUGUUUGAGCGGUGAUACCACAGAUAGCUAUGCCAUGGAGCCCAUUCGUAUAAUGAAAGACUAUGGGAAAGACUUUGGCUCCAUGGCAAUUGUACUGUAUGUGUGUGGUCUGAGUGCCAUUCAGUAAUAAUGUGUGCUCAGACCUAAGCUAUCUGGGGAUAUGUUGCAUGUCUGUAUUUUAUGUAAUAAAUGUAACCUUGUGUAUUUUACUGUCUUUUUACUGCCAUGUGCUUAAUGGAGUUUUGCCUCUGUCCUUGGAGAUAAUUAAAUUACUUCCAAAUUAUCUCCAGGAUAGAAGACUCUGUGGAACUGGUUUUGGGCAGAAAAGCCAUGCUUCCUUUGGUCACAAAGGACUUUGAUCUAUCUUUUGAACCAAUGGACCAAUGUGGAUAAUUUUGACAUAUGUUCGCUGAUUCUGAAAAUGUUUUAUGUGAAUGUAAUGCAUACUUUUAAAGUUAUGAAUAAUGUGGAAAAACUGUAUUUCUCUGUCUGUGAUAAUUAUAUUACCCAUUGUGUAAGGUAAUUGUAUCACAGGCAGAGGGGAGCAUUUUGUGUGGGAGUGUCUGAGUGUAUUGUACGUGUUUAUUGGUUGUUUUCCAAAACCCUGUGGGUGGUACUAAUGUGUAUAUAAGAACAAUAAACCCACAGCUCUGUCUGUUCACUGAUUCACCCUCAACACGGAGCUUUGUCUCGUUCUUGGGGGGAUUUACUGUAUGCUGUUAGAGACUGAUUGCCAGGAGUGUAAGCCGCUUGGGUGUUUUUCCUGUUCAGCUGCUAGCAGCUAUUCGUGAGGUUCCAGUUCGGGAGUUUGGAGUGCUACUUGGUAUCCUGUUCGGGAGUUUGGGGUUCUGCAGUAGCUGUGCCUGUGUCUCUAGAAAGGGAAGAUCUACUAAACGGCUUUUAACCCCUUUUUAUGCCUGGGGGUGCCGUUACAACUAUUUACUGGCUUUUUAACUUUUUUUUUACAGGCCGACCCAGAACACAAACAUCAUACAUCAGAGGUCCGUUUCACCCUUCCUCGUAUUCUCCCUCUUAUGGGUAAGAGUUAUUCUUAACAUUUUACAUGAAAAUUUAAUUUGUUUCCUAAUUCUGAAUCUCUUAUGAAUCUCUGAGUUAAGUUUUAUAACUGGAUGACUGUAAUCAUAUUAUUUGGAGGGAAGGGGAGAAAGAAAGAGAGAGAGAGAGAAAAAAACUUUAAUCUAUAUAACUAUAACUGUUAGAACUCAAAAAUGCUGUUCUGGUUAAUUUAACUAAUUUCAUUUUUAAACAAACAUUUUUAUACAAGCAUAUAACAGAAUAAAUAAUAAAAAAAAUUAAAAAAUUAAACCUGAAUUCCACUUAAGAGAAUGAGAAUAGUGUUAUAUGAAGUCUUUUAAAUUUGUGAAAGCGAUAAUAUGCAUAUGAAUGAAUUAUGCGAACGUAUUGAAAUGACAGACACUGAACCAACAGAUAUUAUGGAGAUUAAUGUAACAAUCUAAUGGAAAUUAAUUUAUGAAGAGUUUUAACUGACCUAAAAUGAAACCAGCAAAUUAUAAUAUAAAAUAAAAUUCACCUAAAUAAAAGCCGAACAGUAAUGCAUGAAACCCAGUGCAUUGUGCUAGUGUUAAUAUGAAAGUGAAACGAAUUUCAGUUCCUAGGAAUGAAGGUAGAGAAACAAAAUACCCGAACGGAACCUUGAUAUGAAUUUAGUGAUUGUAAAAUUUGGCACAAAUGCCAUUGGCCUGCUAACUAUGUGAAAUUCUUAGAUAUAACUACACGAGAACCCACGAAUGCCGUUCGUAUGCUUUCCCCAUACGAAUGAAAUAUCAGUAGCACAUGAACGAAGCAGAUUGAAACAUGAAGUCCUUUAUUUAACCGAACGGAGAAACACACAAAAUUUAUACGAAUUGUAUGAGACCAAUGUACGAAAGAAAAGGUGUUCGUAUUUUCAAACUACUUACAGUUUGCCUGUUGGUAUGACGGCUGUGUUCCUUUUUUAAUACUGACGAAUUGCAUAUAAGUAAUUUGGAUGACUUUGUUCGUACGGACGGCCGGUGGGCAAAAUUGACAUCAGAGUCUUUGCAAACCGGAAGUAGAACAGAGGAACUACCGAAAUCGGCGACAACAAGUAAGCAAGGUUUACUGGGGUUUAAAUAGGACAAAUAAUCCCUCCCACAAUUUAAGGCAUAUGCCUUCCACAUCCAUAGUAGCCAGAUGCAAGAUGUUAGCAGGAACAGAUAACACAGAGAGGCACAACCAAGUUGUUGGAAUUGUGUACCGAAACAUCUGCACAGAAUAUGGAUUGGACCUGCCUAAGUCCAGAUGGGAGAUACCACAAAGGGUAGUCGAGAAUGACAGGGCUAAGAUCCUGUCGGACUUCAAGAUCCAGACAGACAAGCAAGUGCUGGCCAAGCAACCUGACAUCAUGGUGGAAGACAAGGAACGGAAGACUGCAAUCGUGGUGGAUGUGGCAAUACCCAGGGACUUUAACAUCAGGAAGAAGGAACCUGAAAAGGUGGAGAAAUCCAAGGACUUAAAGAAGAACUGGAAAAGAUGUGGAAAGUGAAGGCAGUAGUAGUCCCAGUUGUGAUAUGAGCACUCGAGGCUGUGACUCCCAAGUUGGGAGAGUGGCUUCAACAGAUUCCAGGUGGGACAUAUGAAAUGGCUGUCCAGAGGAGUGCAGUUCUAGGAACAACUAACACACUGCGCAGAACCCUCAAACUCCCAGGCCUCUGGUAGAGGACCCAAGAAUGAGAAUAAACAUACUACCCAGGAAGGGUGAGAAAUUCUAUUUAUUUGUAUGUUACUUUUUUUUUUUUUUUUUAAAUAGGCUCCUACACGUUUAGAGGGAAACUCCAACUACCAUAA